AUGGCGCGUUCAGCGGUGGUAGAACCGCCACAAACGCCCCAGCCCACGCGUCGAACGUCGGAUUCAGGGGAUACGAGUAUGACCGGUCGGACUGGGCGCCGUUCUAAUACUGGCAACAGACGGGUAUCUCUGGCGACUGUCGCAUCUUCUGCCAUCAACCGUGCAGAGACGCCAAAACAAAGUGCAGAGACUCCCGUCCGGGCUUCUUCGAAUUCUGGUACAGGUAGAGAAUCAAUUGGGAAUCAUCCCCCUUCACAAAACGACAUUGAGCAGUGGAUGAAGCUUUUGCGAACGAAUCGAAUCAAUGCCGAGAACUCUUGGAAUUUCCCAAUCAUCGACUAUUUCCACGAUAUUGUGAAAGACGGCGAUGGGAUCAAUUUCCAAACAGCCUCUUAUACCCUAGAUGGCUGUGUUAAAGUGUAUUCUACACGUGUUGAUUCCCUUGUUGCUAAAACAUCACGUUUGCUUUCAGGCUUGGUUGGAUCAGACCUUGACGGAGUGAAUCCCGGGUCAGAGGAUGCCGAAGAUACCAACGAUGAUGGGACCAAGCCAAAGGCAACCAAGAAAAGAGUGCGCAAAGCAAUAACAUGUGUUUCUCCAGAUUCUUUGUGUCUGGACCUCAAACCACUGCUGCAAGUCGCUGGUUCACAACGUGCACCUCAAGAUUUCGACGAAGGCGGUACUUCUGGUACACGAUUAUGGAAAGAAUCAACAGAUACAUGUGGAUGGGUUGGUGGCAACAGUUCCAAAAUUGUCAAACAAGUUGGCCCAAUAAGAAAAGUGUCCCCUGUGGAUGUAGCGUACUAUCGAACGGCUUUCCUGAGUGAUAUUGAUCAGCGAUCUGUACAUGUCAGUGCAAAAACAAUAGACCAAAUGGUUUCAGAUCCUUCUGGUACAGCUGAUUUGAUCCAAGGCGUUCAAGGUUGGUCACUUGAGGACCAACAAGACCCUGCCUUAGAUGCAGCUUCUAACCUUGGCGACAACGACCUUGACUACGAUCAAUUUGAUGAUGAUAUAUCUGCAGUGGCCACGGAUUUUGGUGACUUUGAAGAUGAGGACAUUGCUGCUGCUGCUACUGCUGCCGCUGCCGCCAGUGGUAGCGGUGGUGGUGCGGUUAAUUGGGACUUGAUGGCAUACUUUGAUGAGAGGAGCUCAACUGGCUGGGCUGGUCCUAGCCAUUGGCGUGUACAACAUUAUCAUAAAUUCAAAGGUACUCUCCCUGGUGCCCCGGCUUCCGCCAACAGCACUCUCGUACUGAAAAAGACGUCAGCAUCCAAGAAAAAGCAGAUUCUUAUCAUUGACUUUUCGGCUGCCCCUCUUGACGAAGACGAGCUGAUGGCCAAAGGAAAAACAACAUUAGAUUUACCAAAGAAACAGCAAUCAAUAUCCAAGUUUCUUUUGCCCGAAGAUCAUCACAUCACAUCCAAAGAGAUGCUCCGGCUAUUUCUACGCCCGGAUGAUGGGCCUGCCCAAGCUUUCUCACGAGCUGCACCCGGUAAUCUGCACAAUGUCCAAUCAGAUAUCGUUGAAGAUGCCGAUAUGGAAAUGAAUGAUGAAUUCUGGGGCCAGGUCAGCACGCAAGAGCCGCUGAGGUAUGACGCUGGCUUUUAUGAGAAUACCGAGUUGCCGGAGGAUAUGGCUGAGAACAUGCCUAUUCCAAACAGCGGGGUCUUUGAUGAGGUCAAUGCAUUGAGUCAAUCAAGAAGGUCAGACCAAAUCACCUACGCCAGGGUUGCUCGUAACGUUGACGUCCAGCAGCUGAAGAAAAACAUGUGGACCACACUGAAAGACACCACAGAGACCUGCCCUGAAGAGCACCUCACGCUGUCCUCAAUUAUGACCCAUACGGCUGAGAAAUACUCCCCAGAAAAACAAAAGGAACUCUCGACACCGUUUUAUUUCAUCUGUUUGCUGCAUUUAGCUAACGAGCAGGGACUGACUUUGAACAACACACCGGAUUUGGGCGAUCUCGAAAUUAAUCCAGGCCCGGAACACACUUCGUAA